UCUGCCGGACGCGCCGCUCGGCCCCGACGCUUGCCCCUCCGCCAACCCCUCCACCCGUGCCGCCUUCCCCCAGCGCCUCCCCCAUGAACCGUGUGGCCUGGGCAUGGCUGAGAGGGCCGGAGCAUGGCCGGGCAUGGCGAAGCGGACGACCGGAGCGUGGCCGGGCGUGCCGAAGCGGACGGCCGGCGGGAGGCCAGCAGGCAGGGCGGCGCGACGACGCGGACGGCCGGGCGCAUGGGGGGCGGACGGAGCUGGCCAGGGUGUUGCCCACGACGCAGACUCGACCUGCGGCGGCCUUACACGGCUUGCGGUGGCGCGGUCGACGAGGACCUGCUGGAUCUCGGCAGAUUAGGUGGACAAUGGCGCGAGAGAAAGGGAGGAAGGGAAAGAAAGGGAGGAAGGAGAUGGGAGGCUGGAGGGAGGGAGAAGAGAACGGUGAGGUGCGACGGUGGUCAUGCUGCUGCUGUUCGCCGGAGGCUCGCCGGCCAUCGGUGCGAGGUGGAGCUCGGGCGCAGAGGUGACGGGAUCGAGGGAGCUCUCCUCCCUCGCGGCUGGAGGUGCUCGGGGUCAACCAACGUCGUCGCCUUUGUUGGCCUCCUGGGCUCUCUGCAUCUUCGUCAUCCCCUGCUUCUCCAACGGACACAGCGGCCGUGAUAGCCAGAGUAGAGCAAAGCCGGCGCCUACGCACAGCGACCGCCUCGUUCUUCCCCACGGCUGCCAACGGCCGGAGCUUCGGCCCGUCCAUGAUUCGUGCUCAGGUGAAGCUGCAAUCUCCUCCUUUUUUUCCAGAAUCAAUGAAAGGCACACGAAUUUGGGACUGUAGGUUCAGUGUGUGUUCCUUACUGUAACAUGUUCAUUACUGUAACUUUUUACUCCAAAGUUCAGAAUUUUGGAAUAGGUCAUGAUGUUUCCUGAUCAAUGAUUUGCUAUAGAAAAGGUGCAGUAGAAGUACUCUUUGACAUUUUGAAGGACCAUGGAGAACUGUUCUCUCAGAACUUUUGGACCAAUUUCUUUGGAUAUGUUAUUUAUCCUCUAUUUAAUGGUGAAAUCUGUACAGCCAAUGGUCAAAGUGAUAGCACUGAGGACAAUUCGUGGAAUUUUGAAACUAAAGCAGUGGCUGUGAAAUGUUUAGCGGAUCUGUAUGUUACAUUUUUUGAUGUAAUGCAGCCAGAACUCACUAGAGUUACCUCUGUUGUUACCAGUUUUAUCAGAAGCGCUUGUAGACAAACUGCUAGCACUGGUAUGCCUGUUUUUCAGCGUUUAACAGAAGGGCUUGCAAGCAAACUCUCUAAGGACGAAUGGAAAGAGAUCUUAUUAUGCUUUAAAGAAUCAGCAGCACACACAUUGGUUGUUUUCGAAAAAUAGUUAAGAUGAUGCAAAAUAUUGAAAUUCCAGAAAGAAACGAGUCUUACUGUGAAGCAGAGAAAUAUUCAUACCCUGAAAUAUACAAUGAGGAUGAAGAGGAAGCUAAUGUGUAAACAUCGUCUUAUGCUAUUGUCAAGAUGAAGAACCAUAUGUCUCUGCAACUCUUAAUUGUUCAGGUACUUCAAACCUUGUGCCAGUUUAAUUUGAUGCUGAUCGUUUGUAUAUCAUGUCUUUCUUUGUAAAUUUUGUUCAAUACUCUGCUUUGCUUUGCACACCCAAAUAAAAUAGGAAUUACAACAAAGAAAUUACAACAAGUUUGUCUUCAUGAUUUGUGUUCGACAUGCCAAUAAGAUCACACUCACCAUUCUGUGGCUUCUCUCCAGGGAAUCAUUAAGUUGCUUGGUGGUCUAGAGAGGGACUGCUUUAUGAGGAAUUUGCCCCUCUUUUUCCCCUUAUUAGCUAAUCUCGUUCGCUGCGAGCAUAGAUCUAGAGAGGUUCAGGUUGCACUGUAUGAUAUCUUUCAGUCAUCAGUAGGACCUAUAAUUUCCGUAUAGCAUAUAUUGAUGCUCAACAACUGUACAAUUUUGUCACUUCAUCUUGGUAGGGUAACUUGGUUGAUGGUUAAAUAGAAAUAUGGAAUAAGAAAAAGAUUACAGCUUGACAGUGCCGUAAAUGAUUCAAACCUGUUCCUCCAGCAUUCUGGUGUUGAAGUGUUGCAGCGUCAUUUAAAAUGGACUCAGAUACCUGGAGGGAGGAGACCUUUUGAAGGGCAUUUGCCCUUCUUUCCUAACAUUAAUUUCGAAAUGUUGUAAAUGUUGCGAACUGUGUAAAUGUUCAGAAAGGUUGUGACCGUGUAAAUGUUCAGAAAUGUUGUGACAUGUUCAUACUGAAUUAGUAAUUCAGAAAUGUUCAGUGUAGAAAUUCAGAAUGUUUUAGACAAAAUGUGUCUCCUAGAUUUUGGAUUCAUGGUGUUUUUUAAAAGAGCAUGCCUCUCCGACUGAAAUUUUUUGGACACUUUCCAAGAUUUUUUUGUUUGCUGCAAACAGUUUUCAAGUGCUAAAGAUUAUUGUCUUACUAAAGAUUAUCUUGUUAAGGAUUAUUAGCAAGAUUCUUGUUUGCUCUAACUGAAUCAUUUGAUCUGAGUAGGAAAAAGAUCUGAGGCCACUGAGAACAGUGAUACUUCGGCUGAUCAUUACUGGAAUAAAAUCAAACUGAUCACUAUUAUUAUCUAAUCAAGCUGAUCACUACAGAAUUUCAUGUAUAGUACCAACAAUUUGCUGAAGCUAGCAGCAACAAGUUAGAGAGAGAGAGAGAGAGGGAGAGAGGGAGAGAAGUAGGAGUGCAAUGGUAGGCUGGCAGGGGAGCAGAUGGCAGUGCUCUUUCAAGUACUGUUUGUCAGUUGGAAAGAGAUCGCCAACCAAAAUUCAGAGUUGGGACUUGGGAGUAUCUACCAUAAUAAAUUCGCAGUUCCUCACUUAGAUAACUGAAACAUCCUCAAGCCCCUGUUCUUAUUCUUAUUCUUCAAUCUUAUUUACACACUUAAUUUUUUUCCUUCUCUUACUGUCAAAAUUCUGAAUUGGGAGUAGUUGUUGUUGAUUCAGUUUACUGCAUUACCUUGAACGUUUCAGUUUACUUGAAACUCCUUUGUCUGCUUGAAACAACAUUGAGAAAAUGACGUUGAUUCAGUUUAUUGUAGUACCUUGAACAUUUCCUGUUUACUGCAGUAUCUUGAACAUUUUCAGUUUAUUGACAUGGUGUUCAAGAUUGUUUGCUCUAAUCCUUGCUGCUUAUGUGGGGGACUGUUGUGCUAUGGCUCAUGACAAUGAGCCAGAUGUGGUUGCAGAUUCUGGCGCAACCAUUGUUGUUCCUAUAUCAGCGCAACACAAAAUCAAUGAGCAACAGAAACAGUGGCGGGGGCGCGGGGAAGGAGCUCGGUGACCAGCAGUGGCGAUUCCACCAGCGCGGUGACCAGCUCGGGCUUGGUGGCGAUUCCACCAGCGACGGGGAAGGAGCCGCAAGCACCCUGAACACCAGUUGCUGCACCCUGGCUGGGGACUUUCCCAACUCUUGUACCGGAGUGGGCGGCAGCGGGGAAGGAGCAGCGGCUGCCCGGGGUACUUUGGGCGGACGCGGCGGCAAAGAACCACUCUGGGUCGUCAGAAUUGAUGACGGAGUGGGCCGACGGGUCCCACGGCUCCACCGCCGCAACUACAUGUCCGAGAUCAUCGGGGAAGGGGAUGGGGAUGGGGAGGAGGACAAAAUAGAGGGGGCGGGGGGUGUUAUUCGCAGAGACGGCAAGGCAAGGCGCAUGGGCGGCGCAUGUCGGCGGCGGCACGUUGGGCUCUACGAUAGCUGCCGGCGGUGGACGGAGUUGGUUCCUGCUGGGGGCGAAGCUAAAAGGAAGAAGAAGUAGAGAGGGGGUGGGGUGGUUGAUUAGGAAGGGAUUUUAAAUCACAAGGUUGUUUUUGGAAAACUACAAAUGAACUAAGCGUCGGACAAGCUUUUCCGGACGGAGGGGGUAAUACAUUGAUCAAGAUGUCCAAAUCGACUAUGGGGAGUUCGUCGCAAUGGUGAAGAAGGGGGGUCAUCGGGAACGGAAGGGUGAUUAUCAAUCUCCAUGAGCAGACGACCUCAGCUAGCCUGAUGGUUCCUCCCUCGUUGAUUACGGUUGUACCAAUUACCUAUCAGUACUUGAGGUUUAGUCGGUCUAGAUUAUAAUUGAAGAAAACUGGAAGAUCAAUCAUAUUGUACUUGAAUACAAGCUAGCGCCAAACAUUAUUUAUUUACUAUGCAUGACAUAGGAUGUGAAGAGCGAGUAAUUGUUGUGGUACCAGCAAUAACGCAUGUUGCUUUAAGUAUACAAGUAUAUCCUUUCAUUGAAUAUUCAUAUA